CACCCUAAUUCCCGAAUGAUUUGAGAAAUAAUGACAAUUCACUUUUUUAAUGUGUUACGAUUAUUUUCAAAUUGAAUUAUUGUUGUAUAUCAAAAAUUUUAAAUUAAAAUAGCACAAACAUAAGCGUGGAAUAAUAUGGCGACUACGCUGGAAGACAAGUCCAUUUGGGAAGAUGGUGAAGAAGCGCUUAGCGAGGAAGUGCUUCGUAUGCCAACAGAUGAAAUAAUCAGUCGUACUCGACUGCUGGACAAUGAAAUAAAGAUCAUGAAGAGUGAAGUCAUGAGAAUCUCUCACGAGUUGCAGGCGCAGAACGAGAAAAUUAAGGAGAAUACAGAGAAAAUCAAAGUGAACAAAACAUUACCUUACUUAGUAUCCAAUGUUAUAGAGUUACUGGACGUCGACCCUCAGGAAGAAGAAGAAGACGGGGCAGUGGUCGACCUGGACUCUCAAAGGAAGGGCAAGUGUGCAGUUAUAAAGACAUCAACAAGACAGACAUACUUUUUGCCUGUCAUUGGACUGGUAGAUGCUGAGAAAUUGAAGCCUGGUGACUUAGUAGGCGUAAACAAGGACUCAUACUUGAUUCUGGAGACACUGCCAGCAGAGUAUGAUGCUAGAGUGAAGGCUAUGGAGGUAGAUGAGCGACCAACAGAACAGUACUCUGAUAUUGGUGGUUUGGAUAAACAAAUUCAGGAAUUAAUUGAAGCUGUAGUUCUUCCGAUGACACACAAAGAGAAAUUUGUCAACUUAGGCAUCCAUCCGCCCAAGGGUGUGCUCUUGUAUGGUCCUCCAGGUACUGGCAAGACCCUGCUGGCCAGGGCAUGUGCGGCCCAAACUAAAUCCACCUUCUUGAAGUUAGCCGGACCACAGCUUGUUCAAAUGUUCAUUGGUGAUGGUGCUAAGCUUGUACGAGAUGCCUUCGCCCUAGCCAAGGAAAAGGCCCCUGCUAUAAUAUUCAUUGAUGAAUUAGAUGCCAUUGGUACCAAGCGUUUUGACUCGGAGAAGGCUGGUGAUCGUGAGGUGCAGCGUACCAUGUUAGAACUGCUCAACCAGCUCGAUGGCUUCAGUUCAACUGCUGAUAUUAAGGUCAUUGCUGCAACAAACAGAGUGGACAUCCUGGAUCCUGCAUUACUUAGAUCAGGACGUUUGGACAGGAAAAUUGAAUUCCCACAUCCCAAUGAAGAGGCCAGAGCUAGGAUUAUGCAGAUUCAUUCACGGAAAAUGAAUGUGAGCCCAGACGUCAACUUUGAGGAGUUGUCCCGCUCGACGGAUGAUUUCAACGGCGCCCAGUGCAAGGCAGUAUGCGUAGAGGCCGGUAUGAUUGCUCUUAGACGUUCGGCCACAGCUGUCACCCAUGAAGACUUCAUGGACGCCAUACUGGAGGUGCAGGCGAAGAAGAAGGCCAACCUUAGUUACUAUGCCUAGUUAAAUGUCUUUUAUAAACACAUCUUAUUAUUGUAAGUUACUAUCUAUAAAUACAGCUAAUAAAUGCUGGGAUAAAA